AUGCAUGGGUCUACAAACGGCGAGGGGACGGAGCAGCCAGCUCUGCUCGCAGUGGAGGAUGCUUUGAGUGGGAUGAAGAAUGACCUUGAGUUCACGCAAUGGUAUGGCAGCGCGAAGGACGAAUUGCUAGAAGCGAGCUACGAAAAAUACCAAUCAUGUCUCGAUGACUUAGAAUUAACGACCUGCCACCUUGACUCUCUUCUCCAAGACACAUCACACACUUUAGACAUACUCUCCACUCUAUCACAAUCAUUUGAAGCAGUGGAGGAUCGCACGUCCGCUUUUCGGAAACAAUGCGAAGGCCUCCUCUCCGCUCGGAACAAAAGCGCGAAAUUAGCAGAUGAGAUUCGGGAGAACCUGACGUCCUAUGACUACCUGGAUCCAAUAUCAAGAAGACUCAAUGCACCAGGAGCUGGCAACUCAGUUCGCUCAAAAGAUUUUUCGGAUAUGCUGAGGCGUCUAGAUGAGUGUCUAGACUACAUGCAUGCGCAUCCAGAACAAAAAGAGGCAGAAAUAUAUAGAGCUCGGUAUCGCUUACUCCUCACUCGUGCACUUACGUUAAUCCGCGGCCAGUUUGUCUCCACUGUGCGGGACAUCUCAGCAGGAGUUACAAAGCGGAUUGCCGAUCGCCAGCUUAAUGAUACAACCAUGUCAGCUCUAUUAUAUGCUAAAUUCCGUGUUGGUGCCUCUGAGAUGAAAGACAUGGGACUCGAAAUUCAGAAGAGAGCAGUUCCUCCCCUAGACCCCGAACAAGGCGCCGAAGCAGAAUACCAAAGUCUCCUCAACGAGCUCCAUGUAAACUUUGCAACUUCCCGCGCAAGGCUGGUGGUACCUCUUGUGAGAAAAAGACUGAAUGAUAUCGCAAAUGCACCAAGCACGUCAAAAGAUUUAGUUGCGUUUGCAAGAACGAGCAUCAGCUACGUACGCGGUAUAUGUCUCGAUGAAUUCGAUUUGUGGGGAGAAUGGUUUCAUGGCCAGUAUGGUCUUUAUGAUUUUCUUGAAGCCAUUUAUUUUGCGAUCUUGAUCCAACCUGCGCUUCAGGAUGCGCAAACUCGACUUGUAUUUCUUGCACAGGCAAUCUUGCGAGAUGAAAUCGAGAGAUUUAAACCACGGCCAGAGGACCUUGAUUACCCUGCUAAGAAUAAGCAAAUAUCGUUAAGUGCGGAAAAUAAUACCACGCCAGUAGUUUCAGGAAGAAAGUCUUCAUUAAUUGAGUCGAAGAUGCCAAUGGUUAUGGAUGAAGAUACGGACUCCCCGGCAGAGAAAGAAUCCCAAUGGGACUUUACUUCUCAGGCAAUGUUUGAAGGAUGGUAUCCGACUCUGAAGAAGGCAAUCUGGUUGUUAAGUCGUAUAUAUCGACUGGUUAACUCGAAAGUGUUUGAUGACUUAGCCCAUCAAAUUGUCCAUCAGACAACUCUCUCAAUUCAACAGGCUGGCACGGAGAUAUCGUCGAAAAAGUCAAAACCGGACGGCCUCCUAUUCUUGAUCAGGCACUUGUUGGUACUAAAACAGCAAAUUGUUGCAUUUGAUAUAGAGUUUGUGUCCCCUGACGUAUCCUUUGACUUCUCUGGGGUAACCAGUACUUUCUGGGAACUACAAGAACGCGGAGGACUCUUCAAUACCCGGACGUGGAUUCAACUUGUUGGAGGUGGCCUUCUACCUCAGGUAGUUGAGAACAUGUUGGACGCCAAGGUUGAGCUCGAUGGUACACUUCGAACAGUAAUCAAUGACUUCACCAAUACUUUCGCAACCAAAAUGACAUCCAGCUUGCCUCCAGUAUCAGGCAAAACAAUAACCCCGACAUUAUCUCAACAAAUUCAAAAAGGUGCAUUAACUAUGCGCCAUUCCAUUGAGGAGGAAGUACCUAUUCUACGGCGGUUACUAGACGAUUAUAUUGAUGACAAAAGAACAAAAGAAACGCUCGUUAGUGCUGUUCAGGAUACAGUCACUCAGCUCUAUGAAGAUUAUUUGGAGGCAUAUGCUGCAGCAGAGGCUGGCAAAGACAAGCCUGGUAGAAAAGCCUCUAGAAAACCAGUUGCGACCGGAGAACUCUGGGAUAUUGAAAGAUUCGGGGAUUGGACUGACUCUAUCUUCAGGCCGAAGAUUGAAGUCUAUGAAAGUGACAAUGAUGAAAGUCAAAAUGAUGACCCGGAUGAAAAUGGAGAGUAUGGUAUAGACAGCGACGAGGAAGAUAAAAGUAGCUAG